GAAAAGAUAACAACAAGCACAACUUGCACGAAGUACUUAAUUAGAAGUUUCAUCUGGCGAUAAAAUAUCUACCUAAAAAGUUGCCAAUUAGUGGUACCUUUCACCUUUGGAACCACUGGCAAUAGCUUCAAUAAUCCGUAGUUUUUCCGGCUGAAAGAUGUUACAUUGCCGAGGGUGAAGCUUAUAACAGCAACCCAAGCUGCAGACCUUGGAACUGAUCGUGAAAUUCCUUUGGAACGACGCAAAAGAAAAAGUGCUCGCGAAAAAAUGGGGAAAGUCACUGUCGGAGGUGUGGAAUUCGUGGACAUUUUGCAUGUCCCAAUGGAGCGACGACUGCAAACCCUUGCGGCGCUCGGUGCAUUCCUGUCGUUUGCAUUCGGUGGUGCGUCGGCCAUUGUGUUCCUCGUUUACCUGCUUUUCACCCGAUUCUGGUGGGUAACGAUGCUUUACAUGGUCUGGUACAUCUACGAUUGGGAUGCCAGUAGUCGCGGCGGACAUCGUCUCGAAUGGGUUCGUCGCUUGAAGUCCAACCGAUAUCUGCGGGAUUUCUUCCCGGUUACCUUGAUAAAAACUGCCGAGCUCAGUCCGGAGAACAACUACAUUUUCGGGUACCAUCCGCAUGGAGUGAUGAGCAUGGGUGGCUUUGUCAAUUUCAGCACGGAAGCGACGGGCUUUUCGGAGAAAUUUCCUGGUAUCCGACCAUACUUGCUCACGCUGAAACUGCUGCACCAGUUCCCCAUGUAUCGCGAAUGGCUGACUUUAUUCGGAAUUUGCGACGUUAGUCGGCAGAGCAUUGAUUAUAUUUUGAAAGGCAAAGGAAAUGCCGUUAUUAUUGUUAUUGGAGGAGCCAAGGAGUCGAUGGAUGCCAAUCCAGGCGAAGCGACGAUUGUUCUCAAGAACCGCAAAGGCUUCGUCAAAAUGGCACUCCGCCAUGGGGCUCAUUUGGUUCCCGUGUACUCGUUUGGCGAAAACGACAUUUAUUAUCUGGUUCUAAAGAAUGGACCGGGGUCCAAAACACGACUCUUUCAGCGAUGGUGGCAGAAGUUGUUUGGAUUUGCCCCCAUCCUCUUCGCUGGUCGCGGUAUCUUCAACUAUAACAUCGGUUUAGUCCCGUAUCGUGUCCCGAUUAAUACGGUGGUGGGUAAGCCAAUUCCUGUGGAGAAGGAUGCAAAUCCGUCCCAGGAGAAGAUUGAUGCUCUUCAUGAAACUUACAUGAGCGAGCUGGAAAAACUUUUCAAUGAACAUAAGGCUCAUUUCGGCUACAAAGAGCUGUCGAUAAAAUUUGUUGAAUGAAAUGCUGAAACCGGUAUGUAUUGUGAAGUGAUGUGUCAGUAUUGUAAAAAAUGUUUUAUUGGACUGGCUUCCUAUGGUUUUAAGUUUUUUAAAAGUAUAUGGUGUAUUAGCAAUCAAUGCAUUAUAAUUUGUUUUAUGACUUUUGUUGCUUCCAUUUUCAACGGGGCGGUUCUGCUGAAACUUUUUGUUCAAAACUAACGUUUACGUCUAUAACUGAAUUAAAGAGAAAUUUGAGUUACAGAAUGUCCCGCU